CGGGGGAGGGGGCGCCCUUGGUCGGCGCCGCCGCCCCCUCCCCGGGAUGGCGGAGGUCCCGGCGGGGCCUAGCAGCCUGCUGGCCGCCCCGCUCCUGCCGCCGCCGCGCUGCCCCUGCCCCGACGACGACGACGACGACGAGGACCAUCGCCGAGGCCGCGGAGGCCGCAGGAGGGGCCCCGCCGGCGAGGCGGGCAAACGGCGCCGGGCUCGGCCUCCUCCUCCUCCGCCUCCUCCGCCCCUCAACGGCCUCAUCGGCCCCGACCUGAGGCACCUGCAGCCCGCCGGGGCCGCCCCCCACGCCAAGGCCCUGCCCGCCAGGACCGCCCCCCCGCCCCCGGCCCCGCACGACCGCAACGGACUCCCCCCGGGAGCCCCCCUGCUGCUGCUCUCCACCUCCCUGGCCGCCGCCUGCAGCCUGGAGGACCCCCCGGAGGAGGAGGAGGAGGACGGCGACCGGCGGACGAUACGCUACGUCCGCUACCAGUCCGAGCUGCAAAUGCCCGAUAUCAUGAGACUGAUCACCAAAGAUCUGUCCGAACCCUACUCCAUUUAUACCUAUAGAUAUUUUAUCCACAACUGGCCGCAGCUGUGCUUCUUGGCCGUGGUAGGGGAGGAGUGUGUAGGUGCCAUCGUCUGCAAGUUGGAUAUGCACAAAAAGAUGUUCCGGCGAGGUUAUAUAGCCAUGUUAGCGGUGGAUUCCAAAUACAGAAGGAAAGGCAUUGGUACUAACUUGGUUAAGAAAGCUAUUUAUGCCAUGGUUGAAGGAGACUGUGAUGAGGUUGUCUUAGAAACAGAGAUCACAAACAAGUCUGCUUUGAAACUUUAUGAAAACCUUGGUUUUGUGCGAGAUAAAAGGCUGUUUAGAUACUAUUUAAAUGGAGUUGAUGCACUGCGUCUUAAACUCUGGCUGCGUUAAGAGACUCUCACUUCAAGGAUCGACUUUCACAACAACGCAGAGACGUCCCUUGCAUGCAAUGCAAUUUGUACAGAAUUGCUUUGCAGGUGGAUUUAGUCAUUUCCAUGCAGCUCUUAUCUGUCAGUGUCUCAUUGAGUGUCGCACAUAUCUGUUGCACUAUGGCAUGGCGCAUUUGAUCUGAAUUAAAACAGAUUGUUUCAAACUUCAAGAGUUCUUUUGGUACCAGCAAGAUGUGCCAGUCGAUAGCCAAGAUUUGUUCGUUCCUUUGCAAGUCUACUGACUACGUUAUAUACAUCGUGAACAUUUUCUCACAGAACCUGUAUGUGGAACGGUAUUUGAGUUCCUGACAAAAGCCAACGUAGAUUGUAAAAUUCUCUUAAGUAUACUAACAUUUCAUACAAAACUUGCCAUGGUUUUGGGGGAGAGGGGUGUGGAAAGGGGUGGGGGAAAAAAAGUUUCAAUUUUAGGUUUUAUUUUUCAAUAUGGAAAUUUUCCAUUUCUUGAAUAUUGGUACCUCAGUGAUUAGUGAAUGAAAAAAAUGUAUCGUAGGGUGGGGUGUGUGUUACAAUGAAUAACGGUAACAAUUAAAUUGCGUCUGCCAGUGCCCGUAUAGAUAAGUAUAUUUGUCUUCACCUCUAGUUUCUGAGUGCAUGCUUUCUUUUUCUUUCCUUUUUCCCCCAGUAUGUCUGUGCAAGAAAAUUUCUGUGUUUUAAUUUAAAUUUUGAAUUUGAUAAUAAAUUAUUUCAGAUUUUUAUCAUUUGGAGACGUUCCCCAGGAAGAGAGACCGAGCAGUUUGCUUUGGCCGGCCCUACUCACAGAAAGAAGUGGAAGCUACUUGGAAAAUCCUUGAGUAGCUGCUAAAAGGGGGAAAGAAAAAAAAACCCACCUGAGAGCACUAGUAAAUUGCUGGGCUUUGGAUGCACUUUUUCUUUUUUAAGAGUGAGGAAGUUCUUAGGUUUUUGGAAAGAAUGAAAAAUUAAUGUAAAUUAGUAUGAUUUUUAACAACUCAAAGUAUUGCCAGAAGCUGUGGAGAACAGCUAUUUUCCGGCUGCGGGACAGGUUUCUUUCACUUGAUUUGAAUUCAGAUUGUUUUGGUGUUCUAAUAUGCUUCAAUCUUCAGUUCUCGGUCUUGGAAAUAAAUUUCAAGGUGUUUUCUAUCCAUUCUAGCUGCUUUCAUUUUCUCUAAACUUAUAUGAGCAAGGUUCUUGGGGAGGUUCUCUCCUGUUUUUGUGGUGGUGUUUUUGUUUUUUUUUCCAGAAUAAAAAGGGAAGAAGGUUUAGCCAGCUUUUGAACUACCUACUUGGAUUUAUCAAACCAUUUUGUUGACGGCAUCUUUUUUUUUUUUGGCAAAUUUGUUGCUUGAUGUAAUUUAACUAGUUUCAUAAAGGGAUUGUUUUCCAUGCAGAAAAUAAACUAGUGGUAAUGUAUGUAUAUUUUUGGAAAAGCCUAGUCACUCAUGGAAAAAUGUCCUCUGGGGAACCUGGACUUUCAGAAUUUAGAUCUGGCUUUCUCUACUGUUUUAGGAUUCGGUUUGAUUUAUGAAUGUCUAGAGUUACUGAAUCUUUCAAAUCGUACCUCCACCGAACCUGGCAGGAUUUGUUCUAAAGGAAAGCUGCCCUCUGCUCAGCCCAAUGCAUUGCAAGUUCCCCGGGGUGAUUUAAAACCUUUUCAUCAGAUGUGUGUUGUGAGUACCGCACAAAAUUAAAUUUGCCAGUUAACAGCACCCCCAGAUAUCCUGCUGUUGCUGCUGCACCAGCUGUACUGUAAUCUUAUUUUUACGGAGAAUUUGUUCGGCAUUUUCAGAGUCACCGAUCUUGGCACCAUUUUUAAAUUCUACGUAGAGAAAAUACAUAUAGGGGAGAGCGUGGUGAUAAAGUUGGCUCUUGGCCUGUUCCGGACAGCUCCCGUCUGGGGAGAAGGACAGACCAAGCUGCUCAUUGAGACUGAGACCAUCUUUCGGAGGGCAGUUAGAAGGGUGCUUAUUUUGGGGGAGCUUUUAAGGCUUUCUCCCAAGAUAAAUGAAGGUGAAGCGAAAGAAUUGAUUUGUUUCACAUAUAGGCACCCAGAUCACGUUAAACAAUCACUGUAGGGAGUCGCUAUUGAGUUCUGGGCCUGUAUGAGAAUCUGUGUUUGAGGUGAAGGGCAUCUGAGAUUCGGGUUUUAAGUCACCUCGUUUGUGUUGAACUCCAAUUUUCAGUAUUCCCAGGUGGCUGCCGGGGUUAAUUCUCUGGGUGAAUGAAACCAGCGGAUUCACAAUCUAGGUGGCGAGCCAAUGGGUCAGCCGAUCAGUUUACCACGCAAACAGUUCUGCUUGGGCCUCUUGGGCCGGAAAUUGUCAGAAAACCAGUGGCCCAUUUGAGACCCUCUUGAAAAUGUAGACCUCUAAAUCCUAAACCCUUAGUAUCGUACCGUGAUGUGCAAAAACGGCACCGUUCAGGUAAAUCUUUUCACCGAGCCGUAGUAUUUAAUGAUUCGCCUUUAUUUUAGUGGGAGUUCGUUCUUCCGAUUCAAAAAGAUGAUUAUCCCCUUCUGAAAGAUUUUGAUUUAGAUAAAACUCAGAUACAAUUCAGAUUAUAAAAGGCUGUUGGAAUCACCUUUUGUUCACUUCCAGUGCUGGGCAAAACAGGGACAACUUUCUUUUAAAGGGGAUGCUGCCUGCAAAACCGCAGUGACUUAUCCACUGACAGAGGUUUGGUAUUGUCACCACUUACCGUCAUUUCUUUACAGAUCUCUUAAAGCUGUGCAAGAAAGUGCUGAAGCAGUGGUCAGUGUACUCCGUUGGUUUGUCAACUGGGUGUAUUUUUAGCUCCCUUUGCAGAAGCACUGAGAAGACUCUCGAAUCGACUAAGCAAAACAGUUAAAUAGAAUUUCACUUCGAGGCUAGCCAAAAAGUUCCAUGAUUUUUUUUUUUUUAAUUUGAUUUUAAGGAUUUCACUAUCCCCUUAUCCCCCAGCCUUCUUUGCUUGACAAAUCUUAAAAAAAAAAAAAGAAGUUUGUAUUUAAGUGACUCUACGUUUCACCUUUACUUGCCCAGUAUACUGCUUUUGACGUGGUGGGCUAAAGACCGGAUGUCCGUGUGUCCCAGCAUCCAGAAAAAAUAAUGAGGUUUACAUUGCAGGAGGGCAGACGAAAUCUAAUCGUUAUGUGCAUCACAAUUACUUUUUAAGCACCCCAACAUCAGGUAGAAUUGAGUGAUGUUGUAGGGCUUCCCGGUUUGUUGAAACAUAAAUUGCAUUGGAAUUGGGGUGUGCGUUGGCGAUCUAUAAAGUAUGUGUAUCUCAAAAUAUUGAUCUGCUGUUUGAUGACUGGAUAGUGCUGCAUUAUUUUCUUCUGACCUUUUUCCUUUGGAGAGAGAGAUUAUGAGGGUAUAAAAUGUGCAAGCUGUCUAAAGAUGUGGUCAAAUAAAAUAUGGUUAAGUUGUGUUUGCAUUUUUCUUUUAAA